AUGGACUUAUCACAGCAACUACCAAAUGUUCAGUUAACCCAUUUUGGGUCUCCUACAACUGCUCAACCUACAAGGUCUACAACAGCCAAGCCCAAUGACUUAGAACAGCAAGUGAUAUGCAAAUUAGACCUUAUAAAUAGAACAAUUCCAAAUGUGGUCUUCAGUGACCUAACUGAAACAAGUAGUGGUGCCAACAGUACAGCAUCAAUAUUAAAUUAUAAACCCAAAUACUGCCUUGGAGACACCUUAAUUGUUAAAGUUCAGAUGUUUAACUAUUUAGGGGAAAAGAAGACUUAUGGAGGAGACUUCUUACGAGCCCGAAUCUUUACACCAAAUCUAGGAGCUGCAGCUUCUGGGAGAUCGGAGGACUUCAACAACGGAACAUAUUAUGUGUAUUUUAAAUUAUUUUGGGAAGGGCGGGUGCAAAUAUCCAUACUCUUAAUGCAUCCCAGUGAAGCAGUUUCUUCUUUAUGGAGAGCAAGGAACCAGGGGUACAAAAACAUUAAAUAUAUAGGUAAAUUUCUCAAUAAAAGCCAAGAGUUUCACACCGAGUGUGGAUUUCAGUUGAACUUGCCAGGAGAAAAAUGUGAUUAUGGGGAUGAUACAUAUGGAGAGUUCUUCUAUUGUAUGAAGUUACCUGGUGUUCCUUGUGAGGCUUUAAUAUCAAUGAGGAGUGAGAACACGCCCCAUGCUUAUCUUACUGACGAAGAGAAGAUGCUUUUCACAAGCGUUCGGGAGCCGGGACUUCUGCAGCCAGGAGUGAGCGGCGCUGACGCAGAUAUGUCAGUAGAAGUUAAACCAAAAUGCCAAACUGGUAUGUCACUCCCUUUCCCCAGUGGGUAUUUUUUGAAUGAUUUGUGGUAUCCUCUGCACUGUAACGUGUCUUCAUAUGAACCCUUGGCCAAUAUCACCACUUGCCUAACUGGUAAAAUCAUAUAUCUGAUGGGAGAUUCAACACUUCGUCAGUGGAUAGAAUACUUCCCCGCACACCUGAAAUAUUUUAAUUAUUACAAUUUUGUUUUUAAAGAUCUAAAGUUCUUUGACCUCCAUGGAAAUGGCUGGCACAAGACCUACUUAGCCAUAGAUCAAACCAACAACAUCUACAUACAGUGGAAGAAACAUGGGCACCCUUUUGUAACUCUGAGCUUCUUUAACUCCAAGGACUACGCCGAUGUCACUCACCAAAUUAACCAAAUUGGUGGAAACUCGGACACGGUUAUUGUCAUCACACUGGGACUACAUUUCCGAGCUUUUCCUAUUUCUCUUUUCAUCAGAAGGCUCCUCAAUGUUCGCAAGGCCAUAGAGAACAUGUUUUUACGAAGCCCAAAUACAAAGAUCAUCAUCAAAUCUGAAAACACCAGAGAGAUUAAUUUGGAUGUGGAACGUUUUAGUGACUUUCACGGGUAUAUUCAGUAUCUCUUAGUAAAGGAUAUCUUCAGUGGCCUUAACGUUGGAAUGAUUGAUGCUUGGGACAUGACUGUAGCGUAUGGAUCUUUCAAUGGUCAUCCACCAGAGAUCGUUCUUAAGAAUCAGAUCAACAUGUUUUUGUCUUAUCUUUGUUAA